ACUGAAUUUUAUUUACUUUGUAGACUAUUCACAACCACGACGAGGAUCUGAAGAACCAUUGAACAUUGUCUUUUGACAGUCCUGCGAUUCUGAAGCAUUUUAUGAAGUAGAUCGAUUAGAACUGAAAAGACCCCUUCUUCUCAAGAACAAGAAAAACAAGAUGGCKUCUAACAAYUCUACUUUUCCAUUUUGCCCCGAUUGGGAUUUUCCAAAGUCUGUAGAACUUAUUCCUUUGUGUCUCUGCUUACUAUGCUUUGUCCUGGCUGUUGGAGGAAACAUUCUAGUUYUACURGCCGUUUAYCGMACCCRUUCACUGAAAUACUCUUCKAUGUAUUUUUUAGCUUCGYUGUCAAUCGCAGAUUUAAUGGUUGGUUCCAUAAUGACAUCUUUGUACGUCUUCAYGAUAAUYAUURRGCUUUACUUUCASARUUUUCCUGACGAAUUUUAYWAUGMAAUUGUUACCGUUGAGAAUUUWGUUUGGGUUUCAACGCUCACCGCAACAACGUUUAGUCUGUGUAGUGUGAGUAUCGACCGUUACAUAGCCGUGAUGUACUCGCUAAGAUAYCGUGAAAUAGUCACAACAGGACGGUGUGCGGUGUCUAUAUUAUCAAUUUGGCUUUUYUCGUUCKUUAUUGCUUCUKCCUUGUUUAUUUGUGGAGAGGACGAUGAGAAGAGAGAGAUCUUCUGGGUSGUCUGCUUCGUCAUWUCCGUUUGUCUUCCCUUUCUCGUCAUCCUCUACUGUAACAUCAAGCUUGCUAUCGAAGCAAGGCGGCAUGUAAAAAUGAUACACGAAACAUCUGUCCGUUCUGCUUCAGAUAACGAUGCGUCCUCCACGGCUAGAACGACGCGRGCAAGAAACAGGAAAGCAACAAUUACAGCAGUAAUAGUGAGCGGGGUGUUUUUCGCGCUCUUUUUCCCUCAGCUUGCUGUCUUCAUAAUAAUGUUAGUCUCCGAUGAUGUCUGUUUCGUUUCUAAUGAGAUGCAARUAGUGUGGUMCUGGGUGGCUGCUGUUUCGUUUUUUCACUCGGCCGCGAAUCCUUGGAUUUACUUUAUUMGAAGCCGAGAAUUUCGAAAAGCAAUCAGAAAACAAGUUUUUUGUUAGGCAAACAKUURCAGCUGUAAAAACGUUUCUCAAAAGUCCACACAAGUAGCGAGUAAAGAAUACUAUUAUCCGUGAAACAAAGUAAUAGUUUCAAAAUAAAGUUMUGUUUUCAGUAUA